AUGGCUUCCUUAGAUGUGGACGCGAGCCCAUGUCCGGAGGAGGCCAACUACGAGGUGGCUCCUUUAGAUAAAGCUGCCAGUGAAUGCAAAGAGGGGAAGCAGGAAGAGGAGGAUGAGGAGGAGGCUGCGCCGCGUAGAGGACGCUUCACCGUCGAUGAAAAGAGGGCUGGUUUGAUCGUCCUGGGCUGUUUUCUCUUUCAGGAGGUUCACAGCAGCGCCCUUCGCACAAUGUUGGUGGCGUCCAUUGCGGCGUACGCCGUCUCAAAAUACUUUGCUACCUCCCCGGUGACAUCCCCUUCCUUCAAAUCCGGGUGA